UGAAAAAUAAAACACUUUACACAAAUCACAUAAUAUCUAGUUUCAAACAGAUCAGCAUAAUUAUGUUGACUGGUGAGAGAAAAUCAAUUCUCGUCAACACUUUGUACGGACCCCACACUUACCAUCAGGUGUAGAGGGUUACUCAUCUCCUCCAUACUUAAGAAACAUGUGAAUUGUUCAGGGUUGGAUUUUGGGUCCGAUAAUGUUGAAGGCUAAGUGUAACAUUUUAGGAGGAAUAUUAUCCCAUCAAACUACAAACACAUGAGUUGUUGUCCUCUGAAGAAUUAGAGAUAUAGUAUUUACAAAUACCUAUUUAUGUAAAAUAAGUUGUCCAAAGUAUUUGUUAAAAUUUUUAUACUUUGUCUUAAUAUUCAUCAGCUGAAAUAUUUGUUAUUAACAAUAAGUAUGCUGUGCAUUGUCAUAAUUAAAAUUUUAUUAAACAAAUCUAAUUCUUAUUUGUUUUAUAAAAUGCCCUUGAUAACCGUACAGUCAAAGGGAUUCCUGGAGUCAGUAAGUGCAAGUGACUACUUGAAUCAGAAAGAUGAUGUUGCAAGCUGUUACUGCAGCGCAUCGCACACAGAAAACUGUUGCUCAACCGAUGAACAUGAUGCUGUACAAAUCCAUGGCACGUCCCAUGCCUUGCAACCAAGUGACAGUGGUGCAGACCUUACAUAUCAAGACUACCAUUCUGACUACACCACACAUGACAAGCUGGAGAGAAUGGACCAAGAUUUUCAAGGUAUUAUUGGAGAUGAAGAUUACCUCUCAGAAGAGACUUGGGACAAAUUCUGGGCUAUCAAUGGGGAAAGGCUUAUUUGGGCGUCAUGGAUUAAGAAAUACAGUGACUACAUUAAUCCUGCAUACUUGAAUGACAACAAUGAUUUGAUCAUGGAUGAAAAUGGCAUACCAAAACAACAUUCAGUUGAUGAAAUAUACAAAGAAGCUGCUCAAAAAAAUGAUGAGGAUGGUAUGAGGGAGAGAAAGUUUUCUUAUGAUUCUAAAGUCAAUCCUUAUAAGAAAACAAAUGUGUGUGUCCAUGUUGAGAAAAAUGAAAAGUUGAGCGGACCAAAUAAAGAUGAACAGUGGCUGCCUAUAGCCAGAAGGCGGUCAUGCUCUGAACACGACAGAAUACUAAGUCCCAGGACUGUAGCUGGCACAGAUUCGAUGACAAAUGUCACUAAGCUUACUCUAUCAAGCUACGAUGUCACAUCAAGCCACGUCACUUCGGAAUCGACGCCCACAGACGAUUACAGCGUGUCUUCAUCGUCAGACGAUCAGUCGAAUGACCAAACAAGAAUAGCGAAUAUAGAUGAUGGACUAGAUCAAGUUCCUGUUGAGGAAAUGGACACAGAACAGUACUGGCAGUUUCUAUGGAAAAAACAUUUUGGAGAGCAAUACGCGCUACAUUAUGCCAACUACAUACAUAUACAGAGUCUAAAUAAAGAUGCUAUCAAUGUAGUGAAAGCAGAAUUCAAAGAUAAACUUGAGGAAAAAGUGUUUGAGAUCGAGUGUGAAAAUAGCGAAGGUAAUUCACAAGAAAUGCCAACAGUAAUAGAAGUACAGACACAGGUACAGCAGAUACAACUUGAAGAUAAACCUACCAAAACCCGAAAGCGGAACAAGAAACCUAGCAGCAAAUAUUUGGAUUCUGUAGGAGUUUUGCUUCAAACUCUUUUAAAAGAGGAGCAAAAGAAGUGUGAUGAGAUUAAUGAAGUAACAGAUGUGGCUGUGGCCGAGGAUGUAAAUAACAAAACAGACACACAAUCAGUGACUGCUAAUGACGACGGUGCUGAGGCGACAAGCGUGUCGCAGUCAGUGAGCAACAACAAUUUCACGUCUUAUAGCUAUGACGACGGAGAUGACGAUCCUCCUGAAGACACGCCCGUCACAUUAAAAAGGAGUCAUGAAAUCGACGACGAAGAAGUGGCGUCUGAGAAGAUAAGGUCAACGUUCGAGACUAUGGGCUUCUGUUUACACACAGACAAAAUGCCUAAGGGAUUGUUAGUGUACAGAAAACGUAUUGGGAGGCUGCGCCCGCCCAGGUACAAGAAGAUCGGCGGUGGAAAAAAAACAUACUUUGAUGAUGACGGGAACGCCUACCAAGUUGAUCAGACUUAUUUACAGACAAAAGACUCACAAUAUGAGAGGGAAAUGCAAACAGAUGAGGAAGCGGCACCAGUUAAAUCUGAUACUGAGAAUAAAUCAGAAACAAAUUGCACUAUGAAUUUAGAACCGCAAAAAGAAGUUUCAAGCACAAUGGAUAGAGAUUCAGCUGCAGAGACUUUAAAUACAUUGUUACCUCUCGACUCGGAUCUGCUAAGUGAUGCUCCAGAUGGUAGCGAUAGGCAGAAAUCUGACGAAUAUGAUAAUACAGUGAGCCAGCAAGGGACGACCAAGCGCAGGAGACGACAGAAACGCUACGCUAAGCUGGAGGAAGAUGACCACGAUGCGAGUGACUUGCCGCCAGAGUUGAGAGACGAUCCUAAAAUGUUGAAGUAUUGGAAAAAGCGGCACUCCCUGUUUCAUAGGUUUGACGAGGGCGUGAAGCUGGACCUGGAGAGCUGGUUCAGUGUGACGCCGGAGAAUGUAGCGCGCCACAUCGCCACCAAGUGUGGCGCCGCCUCCGCCACGGUACUCGACGCCUUCUGCGGCGCCGGCGGGAACACCAUACAGUUCGCGCUCACCUGCCAUAAAGUAAUCGCGGUGGACAUAGACCCGGCCAAGAUCGAGAUGGCGCGCCACAACGCGACCGUUUAUGGCGUCGCGGACCGCAUCGAGUUCAUAGUGGGGGAUUUCUUCGAACUCGCGCCCGAACUCAAGGCGGACCUGGUGUUCCUGAGCCCACCGUGGGGUGGGCCUGAUUAUACUAAGACCCGUGAGUACGAUAUAGAGACGAUGCUGGAGCCGCGGCCCGCGUCGGAACUGAUGAACGUGGCGCGGACGAUAUCUUCCUCUAUAGCACUGUACCUACCAAGGAACUCGCGAUCUGAUCAGAUAUUAUCGCUGGCCAAAGAAACUGGUGGUUCAGUGGAAGUGGAACAAAGUUUCCUCGAUAAAAGAUUUGUUGCAAUCACUGCAUAUUAUUAUUAAUGUUGAAAAUAAACUAAUGCGGUAAUAAUUAAAAAUGGAUGGCUAUAGUGCUCUAACACUGGAGGAUGGCCGUGAGGGCAUUUGGAGAGGUAGAAAUGUACACGAAGUAUUACGUAACUAGUAAUGAUGUUUUAUUCUUCACUUGUUGGUAAUGUGUGUAUUUCUUUAUUUUAAUGUUUAACAAAAUGGCGAUUUGAUUACCAGAUUUUUAGAAAUCGAAAAAUUGCAAUUAGCCAGGCAUUUAAAAAUAUUUCUAACGGAAUUAUUGGUACCUCGGCUUGCGUUUACUGUGUUACUAGUUAAGGACUUUUAUAAUUCAAGAUUUCUCAAUGUUAUUGAAGGUGUUUAAUUGUCCCAGUAACAUUUUAUGUAACGGACUAAUUCUUGGUUUAUAUCCAGGACAUAUACUUCAUUGAUUUAUAUUCAUUGUAAAAUACAAACUAAGCUACUUUAAAGGAUGAAGUAUCAUUCUCGUUAAAAUUUAUGGUGAAUCUACAUUCACCCAAUUAUCUUGAUGUCUAUUGCUAGUGACGACAGCCUAACUAUAAGCGUAAGUGAUGUAAUAAUUAAAUGAAUGUUGGCCAGUGUCAAAUCACGGCUUAUUAGAAAAUUAUUGUUCGAGUGAUCAAGUUAAUGAUAGUUUCACAUUUUCGGCUUAUUGUGGACAUCGUAUCUUUAAAAGCAUUUGACAGAUGUUUCGAAUAUAGAAAUUUUUUUUCAUUGAUUUUUUUUUAACCUUUGUGUUAUCAAUUCGGUUGAAUGUUUUUUUUAUUGUCAUCAAUUUCCCGCGUCGCCAUUAAAGCGUUUUUUUGUGUUCACUAGGAUAUAAAAUAUCAUCAGAUUUGAUUUAAGCCAGCAUCACUAUUAUUAUUCGGAAAAAUAUUUUACUGCCUUCAAAAAGGGAUUUUAAAAACAUAUUCUAUUUUUGUAUCCAAACCAAUAUGUUGUGUUCACAGGCAUAUUUUUUGUAGCAUUUAUUUUGAUAGUCCAAUAAUGGACACAGCUCAAAAUAUUUAUUUUAAGAUUUACUUAUUUAUCUGAAUAUACAAUUAGAUGUAUAUACAGUAGGAUUUUACAAUAUUUUUCUCCAUAUUAUGCUAUGCAACUGUUCAAAUAUAGAGCUUUGUUUACUUCAGUUCAUGUUAACUUCAAAUAACAACACCUGAUCUUAUUUUAUACACACUCACUGUGAUACAAAGAUAAUUUGGAAAAUAUUUUGUCUGAACAUUAUAUUGUUUAUGUUACCAUUUGAUUAACAUAUCGAUUUGUAGAUUUUUCGUAAAACAAAAAGAAACUUGAAAAAAAAAGUAAAUUAUUGAAUGGAAAGAAAAGUUAACACAUAGAUGUUAAUUAUAACUAUUUUAUUCUUAAUGGUACACCAACAUUAUUUUAAGAUGAUAUAUUUGUAACGGCAAUUCUCAGCUCCUAACAUUGUAAUGUUUAUCUGAAAUUAAAUCAUCAUAAUGACUGAU